CCGGCACGCCCAGCCGCCCCGCCCGGCCGAAGCGGGCCAGGAGACGCCCCGCAGGCUUGAGUGACCCUCGCAGCGGCGCUGUCCUCCUCCGCCUCUCGCAGCCAUGGACGUGUAUCCCCCACACCGGCUGGGGCUGCCCCGCGCACGGUCCCCCGGCGGCCCUGGCCGCGGGUCGCCCUCCGUCAGCUGCAGUCGACUCCGCCAGGUUCAGAGCAUCCUGACCCAGAGCAGCAAGUCUCAACCCGAUGGGAUCCUUUGCAUCCUAGGAAUCGAUAGCAGGUACAAUGAAGGCUGCAGAGAGCUGGCAAAUUAUCUUCUGUUUGGUUUGUACAAUCAGAAUACCAGUGAUUUUGAGAAAACAGGGUUUUCUGAAGAAGUUCUAGAUGAUGUGAUUAUAUUGAUUAAAUCAGAUAGUGUCCAUCUGUACUGUAAUCCUAUAAAUUAUCACUAUCUUUUACCCUAUGUGGCACAUUGGAGAAAUCUGCAUUUCCACUGCAUGACCGAAAAUGAGUAUGAAGAUGAGGAAGCUGCAGAAGAAUUUAAAAUUGCCAGUUUUGUGGACAUGGUUCGAGACUGUAGUAGAAUUGGCAUUCCUUACAGCUCCCAAGGUCACUUGCAGAUAUUUGAUAUGUUUGUAGUGGAGAAAUGGCCAAUUGUACAGGCCUUUGCACUUGAGGGCAUUGGAGGGGAUGGAUUUUUUACCAUGAAAUACGAGUUGCAGGAUGUGAGUUUGAAUCUAUGGAAUGUCUACAGCAAGAUGGAUCCUAUGUCUCUGGAGAGUUUGCUUUCAGAAGAUUUGGUGACUUUUGAACAUCAGUGGACUAGCUUCUUCGCCAGUUUUGACACAGAAAUUCCCUUCUUGCUGGAAUUGUCCGAAUCUCAGGCGGGUGAGCCAUUCAGAAGCUACUUUAGUCAUGGAAUGAUUUCCAGUCAUGUAACUGAAAAUAGCCCUAAUAGGCAGCCAUUUGUUCUCUUUGGUAAUCAUUCCACACGAGAAAACCUGAAUGCUGGCAACUUUAACUUCCCUUCUGAAGGGCACCUGGUACGCAGCACUGGUCCCAGCGGGAGCUUUGCCAAACACAUGGUAGUACAGUGUGUUUCACCAAAGGGACCCCUUGCUUGUUCAAGAACAUACUUUUUUGGAGCUACUCAUGUUCCUUACCUGGGAGAUGACAACAAGCUGCCCAAGAAAACUGAACAAAUUAGGCUCUUGGCACAGGUAUAUGCUGCUGUUAUUGAAGCUGUUUUGGCUGCCAUUGCAUGUUAUGCUAAAACUUCCAGUCUAACAAAGGCCAAGGAGGUAGCUGAGCAGACCUUUGGAUCCGGGUUAAAUUCCUUUGAGUUGAUGCAGUUUAAGGCAGCCCUACGCUCCAAGAUGGCUUUUCAUAUACAUGCUGUGAAUAAUCAGGGAAGAAUUGUGCCUCUGGACAGUGAAGAUAGCUUAUACUUUAUGAAGACGGCUUGUAUGACCAUCUAUGACAUUUCUGACUUGCUGGGAGGAAGUGGGUGCUUAGGAUCUGUGGUCUUCUCAGAAUCAUUUUUGACAUCUCAGAUCUUGGUUAAAGAAAAGGAUGGCACUGUUACCACAGAAACCAGCUUCAUAAUCCUGACAGCUGCCAUACCCAGAUUCUGCUCCUGGCUGGUAGAAGAUACUGAAGUAAAAUUUUCUGAGAAAACCCAGCAAUCGGUUAUGGGAGAUGAGUGUUUCCUGGGCACUUUUCUAACUAGAGGAGAAGGGGCGUAUCUUUAUUCUAGUAAUCCACAGUCUUGGCCUGAGGAAGGGAAAGUACAUUUCUUCUCUGGUGGACUUCUGUUUUCUGACCGUCAUCACGGAAAUAUCAUCAUUUCCAAGGAUCACAUGAAUUCCGUUUUGUUCUAUGAUGGGGAUUCCACCAGUAUUGUUGCUGCCCUUCUGAUAGACUUCAAAAGUUCAUUGCUUCCCCAUCUUCCAGUUCAUUUCCGUGGAUCAAACAAUUUUCUGAUGAUUGCGCUUUUCCCCAAAUCCAAGAUAUACCAAACAUUUUACUCAGAGGUCUUCUCCCCCUGGCAACAGCAGGCUAACUCAGGGCUGUCUUUAAAAGUGAUCCAGGAAGAUGGAUUAUCUGUGGAACAAAAGAGAUUACACUCAAGUGCACAGAAGCUCUUCAGUGUCCUGAGCCAUUCUGCUGGGGAGAAACGGAGUCCUCUAAAGCUACUCUCAGCCAAACUCCCAGAGCUGGAUGGGUUUCUCCAGCAUUUUGCCCUCAGCAGCAUUAGUCAGGAACCCGUGACGAGGACCCAUCUCCCUGUCCUGCUGCAGCAAGCUGAAAUCAACCCUACUCACAGAGUAGAAAAUGACAAGGUAAUUAUCAGCAUUGUAACUGGCCUCCCAGGCUGUCAUGCUAGCGAGCUCUGUGCUUUUCUGGUCACUCUGCAUAAGGAAUACGGCAGGUGGAUGGUAUACCGUCAAGUCAUGGAUAGCUCCGAAUGUUUUCAUGCUGCCCACUUCCAGAGAUACCUUUCCAGUGCCCUGGAGGCCCAACAGAAUCGCUCUGCCCGCCAGUCAGCCUACAUCCGCAAGAAGACCAGACUACUGGUGGUGUUACAAGGCUACACAGAUGUUAUUGAUGUUGUCCAGGCCCUGCAGAUACAUCCAGAUUCAAAUGUCAAGUCCUCCUUCACCAUUGGUGCCAUCACAGUGUGCGUGGAACCCCUGAGCUGCUACAUGGAGCACAGAUUUCUUUUUCCUAAAUGUCUCGACCAGUGUUCACAAGGCCUGGUGAGUAAUGUGGUGUUCACCAGUCACACCACAGAGCAGAGGCACCCUCUCCUCAUUCAGUUGCAGAGCCUCAUCAGAGCUGCCAAUCCUUCCGCAGCCUUCAUUCUUGCAGAAAAUGGGAUUGUCACCAGGAAUGAAGACAUUGAACUGAUUCUCUCAGAAAAUAGUUUUUCGAGUCCUCAGAUGCUACGAUCUCGAUAUCUAAUGUACCCUGGCUGGUAUGAAGGUAAAUUUGAUGUUGGAUCGGUCUUUCCAUUAAUGGUUCAGAUUUGUGUAUGGUUUGGUCGUCCCUUGGAGAAGACUCGCUUUGUGGCCAAGUGUAAAGCAAUUCAGUCCUCUAUCAAGCCAAGUCCCUUUUCUGGAAACAUCUACCACAUCCUGGGCAAAGUGAAGUUUUCAGACUCUGAGAGGACCAUGGAGGUCUGCCACAACACUCUGGCCAAUUCCUUGAGCAUCGUGCCAGUUUUGGAGGGACCCACACCACCGCCUGACUCCAGAAGCACACCUCAAGGCAGCAGCGGGCAGCAGGAGUGCUACCUCGUGUUCAUAGGCUGCUCCCUGAAGGAAGAAAGUGUCAAGGACUGGCUGCGGCAGUCAGCUAAGCAGAAGCCUCAGAGGAAAGCCCUGAAGACCAGGGGGAUGCUGACCCAGCAGGAGAUCAGGAACAUCCAUGUGAAACGCCACCUGGACCCCCUACCUGCAGGUUACUUUUAUAAUGGCACCCAGUUUGUCAACUUCUUUGGUGACAAGACUGAUUUUCACCCACUCAUGGACCAGUUCAUGAAUGACUACGUGGAAGAAGCCAACCGGGAAAUCGAGAAGUAUAACCGCGAGCUGGAGCAGCAGGAGUAUCAUGACCUCUUUGAGCAGAAGCCCUAGAGGAAGAAGACCCUGGAGAUGGACAUUCUAAAACGGGGUGUCUUAACCUCAGCUUUUCCAGAGGCCCCUCCCUAGAGGGGCUAUCUUUGUUCUCCUUGGCCUUUGUGUGCUGGCUUGAGUGCAUGUUGUCUUUAUUCUCUAUACAGUGCUGAAGAGCAUCACCUGCACCACUGAUUUGGCGGGGGAGGGGGGCCCUCAUGGAGGAUGAGCAGACAGGGGCUGCCCUUUGUGUGUAGCCGGCAGUCCAGGACCUCUGGGUCUCUGAUAACAGUAUUUCCUUUGGGCUGUUGCAGCAGUGUGUGAGGGUGGGGAGGAGCAUUUGGAUUGCACAGAGUGGCUGCUGGGACAUAAAGAAUCCUGGCUGCCAAACUGUGGCCAUGCCUGGGCGCCCAGGCCACCACAGGCCUCGGGCCUCAGACACCACCCCAGGAGAGCCUUUCAUCCCAGUGGAGUGCCUGCCUUCCUGUUUAGGCCCCUUCCACUGAAGGCUUGGGCCCUGCUGACCCUGUGCCCAGUCCUAGAGGGAACAACACAAGCCCUGGCCAAUCCCAACCCAUAGAGCCAACAGCUUGGGAGGAGAUGAUCAGCUUAUUCUAAAAUGAGGGAAUUUCCCUUACGGACUAAACAGAGGGGAAAGACUGGUUGCUUUCCACAAGUAUGUGGCUUUUGAAUUGACACAAGCAGCCACCCUUGGGACUGGUUUUGAACCUCCUCAUGUCAUCACUCUGGUUUACCUCAUUCGGGGACGAGAAAAACUGAUGCUCAGGCCUUCCUGGUGACGCUUUGCCUCACUGUUAAGGGCAGUGUCCUGCAACUGCAUAGUCGUAGGCCCAGGGUUCUGGUCGCUUAUGGGGCAUCUUCACUUCAAGGGGGUUCAGCCUCAGCACCCAUACCUCCCCUCAGUCUUGCCAGGGAAGGCCUGGUUUUCAGCCCAACCUUCAGGAAUCUCAUGUCUCCAAGCAUCUUCGCUAGCCUUGUAUUUGUUUGGCUCCAGGGGACCAGGAAUUUCAGAGAAUUCCAAUAUCCAAAUUAGAAUUCGUUCUAGUAGCUUUGUUUUCAGCUGGACUAAAAAGCAGAGGGGAAUUUCAAGUGUAUCCCAUGCCUGACCUCCAGAAUUAGUGUGGGGAAGAGGAAGGUCGCAGGCACAGAUACUUAGGUGAUGUCUGUUAGGACUUCAGCGCCUCAGCUGCCUAGAUUGUAAAUGCUUUCUGAAUUUCACGUAUUUUUUUGCAUGCCUUAGGAAGGAGCACAUAGGCAAAACCAGCAAAGUUUCUAGUAAUGUAGAGGGGUUUUUGAGAAAGGAUCCUGCCACAGAGGAGAGACAGAAAACCGAUGGAGCACAUGUAGUCUGUCACACAGAGGCCUGCAUGCAAGUAGUAAGCAGUUGUCAAGGGCUUGUUAGUAACAUGUACUUAUAUUAGAAAAAAAUUUUUCAUUUGAAGCCAAAUGAACAGUACUCCAAAUACCAUUUAAUAAGAACUCUUGCUUGAAGAAAGGCUUCUGAAAAGGCCCAUGUGCUCCAGUCCCAGCUCCCAAAGUUGCUGGUGACAAGGGCCCAGGUGUGGAGCCCCAGUCUGGGAGCCCCUCACUUCUAGCUGGCCAGAGGCUGGGGUCCACAAUGGGCCUGCCUCUGCUUCAGAAUCAAUAACAGAGAUCUUAAGUGCAAUUGAUGAAAUAAUAAUGAGUUACUGUAGCUUCCUUUAGCUCUACCGAGCUCUUUUUAAAAACUCAAGCAGCCUUAGAAA